AUGGUACUGCUGACCCCCUCGAUUUGCGCGCUCAUGAAGCUCCUCCGGAUGUGUGAACAAUAUGCUGAGACUCACGGCCUCAGAUACAAUGCGACUAAGAGUGAGCUGCUGAUUUUUAAGGCGGGAAAUAAAACUUACUCUAACAUUCCGCCAGUGAAUUUAAAUGGCACUCCUCUCCAACUCGUGACGCAAUUCAAGUACCUGGGGCACUGGGUCACAGACACCUUGUCAGAUGAUACGGACAUAGAGAGGGAGCGUAGGGCUCUGGCCGUAAGGUGUAAUAUGCUGGCUCGUAGGUUCGCACGCUGUACCAAACAAGUAAAAAUAAUGUUGUUCAAGGCUUAUUGCCAGUCAAUGUACACGUGCAGUCUAUGGACCAAUUACACUCAGAAGGUAUACAGAGCUCUCCGCGUCCAAUACAAUAACGCGUUCAGGGUAAUGUUGGGGCUGCCGCGCUUUUGCAGCGCAUCUGGCAUGUUUGCUGAGGCACGCACGGAUAGUUUUGAGACCAUAGUGCGCAAGCGGAUCUUCUCCCUGAGGCGCAGGGUGCGGGGCAGCGACAACAUGUACCUGAGCGCGUUAACCGAGAGGGUUGACUGCCCUAUCGUAGUACACUGGAUGAAGGUACUUAUUAUGCCUAAUUCCGGUGCCUACGAGAAAUAG